ACAAUGGCGAUUGCAUUACUACUUCUUCUCUUGCCUGACCUUUUCACGGCCGUGGUCUCAACCGGAAAUUUCAGCCAGGAUUUUGAUCUAACGUGGGGAGAUGGCCGAGGUCAGAUAUUGGACGGUGGUGAUCUUCUAACAUUGUCUCUUGACAAUAUCUCCGGCUCCGGAUUCCGGUCAAAAAAAGAGUAUCUUUUUGGCAACAUUAACAUGCAACUCAAGCUUGUUCCCGGCAACUCUUCUGGCACCGUCAUAACCUAUUAUCUUGCUUCGAACAAGUCGACAUUAUGGGAUGAGAUAGACUUUGCAUUCGUGGGAAACUUGAGUGGUGAGCCUUAUGUUGUACACACAAAUGUGUUAACUCAAGGCAAAGGUGACAAAGUGCAACAAUUCUACCUUUGGUUUGACCCAACUCAGGAUUUUCAUACCUAUUCUUUCCUUUGGAAUCCCCUUCGUAUUAUCUUUGCAGUGGAUGGUUCUCCUAUUCGAGUGUUCAAAAACUUGGAGUCAUCAAUGGGAGUUCCAUACCCUAGAAGCCAGCCAAUGCGGAUAUACUCAACCUUAUGCAGCGCCAAGGAGUUGGUUACAGACGGAGGCGGCGGAUUCGUGGAAACGGACUGGAGCAAAGCUCCGUUCAACGCCUCAUACCGGAACUUCGACGACAAAGAGUCGUGCGUUUGGUGGUCAGGGGCGUCUUCUUGCAACUCCACCACCGCUGCUACGUCCCCGUGGCUGUCGGACCAGCUUGACUCCGCCAGCCAAGAGAGGCUGAGAUGGAUUCAGAGUAAUUACAUGAUCUAUAAUUAUUGUUCUGACGUUCAACGAUUUCCCGAUGGCCUCCCACCUGAAUGCGACGUCGUUUGAUAAAGCAUGUAUUCAUUACAAGUUCACGUACGUAAAAAGCCGGCCUAUAUGUAUGCAUCUCUUAUUAUUAUGUAAUUAGUUUUUGGGAACAAAAAAAAGUUGUGUUCCAUUAUCUCUUUCUCUUCUACACCGUUUAUUUACUGCUAAUGAUAUGUUCACCCAAAAUAUGUUCUUAAAUAUUACACAUAAUCAAAUUUGGCUCUUGGCGCAAAGGUAUUAGGCAUGUGCCUAGG